UGGUGUAGCCAGCAGCGUGAAUGACUGACAGCCGAAGGAAAACGAAUACCUUAUCUAAUCUCUGCUUUAUGCAAAUAUGUCAAGGCUCAGCGUGCCUCAGUCAGGAGGAGGAAAAGGCAAGAAAUUAUGCUCCAAGAGGGCGGCGCCAUGAAGUCACAGCCGCGUCAAAGUUACACUGUAGCCUACUUCGCAACAUUCUCGGGAAGUUGUAAGUGACACGCGGGGGUCGCGAGGAGAAAGAGGAGGCGAGCAGCGGAAGUCAGUCGAUGAAUAUCACCCCGAGGCCGUGCAACACAUCUUCUAUGCCGCUGAAAAGAGGCUCAUAUGCUCUAGGAUGGAUCAGGCACUUCCCGGCCAGAGCUCAGUGUUGGACCGGCUUGAACCGGACAGCGAGGAGCUCCGAGUGGACUUCUUCAGGAAACUGGGUUACCCCUCAGCGGAGGUGAAGGCUGCUCUGAGGAAGCUGGGCCUCAGCACGGACACCAACUCGGUGCUGGAAGAGCUGGUUCUGAGCAGGACCGGCGCUGCACCCUGCAUGCCCAGUUCUAAUGGUGAUGAGAUUAGCACGGGCCAAAAGGACCCACUGCUGCCUCCCAGUUGGGUCCUUGGACCCUGCAGAACCAAUCUACAACACGGGGACCGGAAGAACACAGACACAGAAUUGAGGCCCAUUGUUAUUGACGGCAGCAAUGUUGCAAUGAGCCACGGCAACAAGGAAGUGUUCUCAUGUCGCGGCAUCCAGCUCGCAGUAAACUUCUUUCUGGACAGAGGUCACAAUACUAUUACCGUGUUUGUUCCCACUUGGCGCAAAGAGCAGCCCAGACCUGACGGCCCCAUAACAGAUCAACACAUCCUGACGGAGCUUGAAAAACGGAAAAUCGUGGUCUUCACUCCAUCGCGCCGGGUCGGUGGCAAGCGAGUAGUUUGCUAUGACGAUCGCUUCAUCGUCAAGGUGGCGUAUGAGUCCGACGGAGUGAUUGUAUCCAAUGACACCUACCGCGACCUCCAAGGAGAAAGACCCGAGUGGAAGAAAUGCAUCGAGGAGAGGCUCCUCAUGUUCUCCUUUGUGAAUGACAAAUUCAUGCCCCCAGAUGACCCUCUGGGUCGCCAUGGACCCAGUCUUGACAACUUCCUUCGGAAAAAGCCGCUGCCGACAGAGCAAAAGAGACAGCUCUGUCCUUAUGACAAAAAGUGUACUUACGGUAUCAAAUGUAAGUUCUACCACCCAGAGCGGUCCAACCAGUCCUACCUGUCCUUGGCUGAUGAAUUGAGAGAGAAAGCCCAGAUCUCGACUGUAAAAGAACAAAGGAAUGCCAGAGUAUCCCCCAGGCAGCUUCAGUCUGAUCCUGGGCCGCCUCAUGAUGCCUGUUCCCAUCCUAAAGACUCAAACACAGAGCACACACGAGGCCAGCAAAGUUACUCACAUCCCAGUCAGGUUUUCGAAAACACACUGUAUUGGGAGGAUCCUAGACAAAGUCUAAAUCACAUGCCCUGUCCUGUAACAGGAAGUCAGGGUCAGAAAGAGUGGCCCAGCCUGCAAUCCAUGCCAAAUCAUUACUAUGCCAACGUCUCUCCCGAUUACCUGGAUUCUGGCCUCGGCUCUUAUGAGAGUCAGUACUCUGACUAUUCGCAUUGCCUCGACAACUCCCACAGGCCCAGGCCUCAGCGGCAAGGCGCCCUCGCUGCGCUCAGACAUGCCCCAGUGCAUCUAGAGAAAAAUAACACCAGCCAGUCUUGCAGGUGCUCCCACAUCGUGCCAGCUCAGCAGCAACACCACGGAGACCAGGGCACCAAGGGUCAACCCGAAUACGACACUUACCCUCCUCACGUGUUCCCGGCCAGUGCGCCACACCACAACAGCCUCCCCAGCCAUCAUCCCCCUUACAGCGGAGCCCCACGUCAUCAGCAACCGUACUGGUCAGAUCCCUUCCAGGGGCUGCCCCAAGCCAGGACUUUGUGUGUUCCCCCCUCGUCGCACCCUCACAACUGCUCUCACGAGGGCCAACAGUACCACUCCUGGGCCCGGCAACAGUCGGCCGCGUACGACCCACAAAGGUUGGAACUCCGCAAGAAGCUGCAAGCCAUCUUCAACCCGCAGCAGGUGGAUACGGUCAUGGAAAUGUUUCCGCAUGUGGUGAAUGCGGAGAAACUGGCUGCGGAGAUCCUCAACCUGAAGGCCCAGAGAGGAAUAUUCGGAUAAUUCCGAUGAUUGUUCCCUUCCCUGGCGUCUUCCCAUAUCAGAACGUACAUGAUUGUUGUGUUGAAGCGCUCGAGAGGCUUUAAAAGUGUUUAUAGUGGAGGGAUUUGAAAUGUAAUUGAAAAUGUGUUUCCGUCCGUGCAAUUUGCUUUCUUAUGAAUGCAUUCAGUUCGAUGCAUUUGUAUGACGUUGUGCUCAAAUGGGACCCUAGCAUCCAAAUGAUUUGGAUGUAAAGUGCCUGCAGACCAAAAAUAUGUAUGACUGAGUUUUUCGAUUUUUGACGUUUGAUGCAUAUUGUGUCAAAAACAAGUUCUCGUGCAGUAAGGAAACGAUGGAUAAAGUAUUACAUUUUAUUUUAUGUACACUCAAUAGUAUUUAUGAGGUUUAGCUACACUAUAUCACAAUGUGAUGUGGCUGCCCAAUGCAUUUAGUUGCUGUCAAUCCAGUUCUGCAGCUGAGCUCCCGCCUCAUAUUCAUAAUGAAACCCAACAAGGAAAAUGAGGUGAUUGCUUUGUGUCAGCACCUUUUCUUGUAAUCAGCAUCAGCUUCAUGAUACAUUCUCAGAUCAAGUGUUGCGGUAAUAUUACUUGUGUAUUUGUAUCACUGCGAUUGAAAAAAUGACAAUGGAGAUGUGGAUUUUAAUUCUCAUAAAUGAAGAUUAUGUUCUCAUAGGAAUGUAUACGGUAAGAUAAAUGCAUAGUUGGCAUAUAUAAAAUUUCGAAAAUAUAUUUAUAUGUAUAGGAAUAAAAUAAACACAAAAAAUGUAAAAGAGUUUGAUAUAAUGUGUGUCAGUUCGGUUAGUGCUGUACUCGUAUUUAUUGAGCUUAGCUAAUUCAGUAAAUAUGUCGCCAAAGUUUCUUAGAAGUUUAGCAUUUCGCUCGUGCUUUUAAUCCAGACUGUUGCCUAAGAUUCCUCCCAAACUCCCUCACUACGUUUGACAAGUACGUCUCCUACACACAGACCUGCCUACUGCAACCAUUUUUUUCUGAAGGGGAAGUAAAAUAGGGGAAGCCCAAGGGUUUUUACAAAUUAAGAAAUGCUCUUCAGCUCAUGUUGCAAGCUUCACCAAACAGAAACCUUUUUUUUUUUUUUUUUCCACUCUGUGAGGGCAAAGGUUAGUCUGUGUGUGUCUGUGUGUGUGUGCUCAGAGACAGACUGACAUCAGUGGAACUAAGUUUUCAGCUAUUCUGGAGAAAGUGUUUCCGUGAACUUUGGUAAACACAUUCAUGGUCCCCAGAGGAGAAAUUGUAAUCACUUUGAGUCCCUGUAUUUUUAAGGUUUAUGACUAAAUACCUCUAAACUGAAAUUCAGCAUUUCGCGGUGAGUUUAAGACAGUUGCUCGUUUUGUGAACAUACGAGUCGACCAACUAACUCAACAAAACAACGAUGAUUGGUGACAUGGUAUUUUUAUUGGGAAUAAAAAAGGAAAAUUCA